AUGAGGAAAAAAAUCCCACUAUCAGAAAUUGAAAAUUCAUCUACUACGUCUACACCGACUAAUGACAGAAUUUUUAUAAAUAAACCUCCAACAAACUCACAGAUUAAAACUCAAAGAGCAGCCCACGUGAAUAAUGAUUCUCGCAUACUACCUCAGCAAUCAAACUCUUUUCCAGUGGCUGUCCAAUCGUCAUCUUUACAAUCAGGUAAUCAAAUUUAUAAUCGUUCAUCACCAAUCACAAAUUUAAACGGAUCAACUAAUUCGUCUCAUCAAUUUAAUAAUAAUUUCCAACCAACUACGGGAACUUUCAUACCGCAGCAACCACCACCACAAAAUCAUUUCAUUUCAUCAUCACCCAAUAAUCUUCCACGUCAAAAUCCAUAUCGACAAAAUAUACCACCACACUAUAAUCCAAACUUUAAUACUUUCAAUCAAACCCCUCCUCAUAUACCAGUUCAGAAUCGAACAGACACAAGCACACAGCGAGUAACUGUCUUCAACAACUAUUCAUCUCCAUCUACAGCUAACUUGUCCCAAAAUAAUAGUCAAACAGUGACAACUAUAAAUUUAGCAAAUGGUCAAAAUCAAAAUAUUAGUAUAAAUAUCGUCAGCAAUAGCUCACCCAAUAUUAAUAUUCGAAGUUCAUCAAGUCAACAAUUAUUUGUCAAUGACAGUUCACCUUCUUUUCCUCAAAUGGGAACUUUUAGAUCAUCUCCAUCAAAUACGAAUAGAUAUCCAAGAUCUAACCAAGAUUUGUCGAAUGGACAAAGAGUUUAUAAUAAUUCUACUAUAAUGAGUAGUAGUCCACUUUCGAAUUCCGUUGUCAAUAGACCUAUACAAAAUAGAGCUCAAAUUACCAAUGCUCCAAAUAGGAGAACGAAUACUGCACCUGCAACCAAUAUGGCUCAUAUUGAUCAAUCAACAGCCCUUCAGCACCGACUUCAACACCUACCUCAACUUCUACCUCAACACCUACCUCAACAACCAACUCAACAACCAACUCAACUACCAACUCAACAACCAACUCAACAACCAACUCAACAACCAUCAAAACUAAGUAUACCUAUAGAAAAUCCAACUAAUGCAUUAAUUAGAUCAGCCUCAGAGAAAACUAAUGAAUUAUUGACUACUUCAAGACCUUCAACCACGUCAACUAAUCCCGUUGUUAUUGAAUUAUCUGACGACGAAGAAGAAGAAAAAAUGAAAGAUCUUGAGCUCGAGUAUAAAAGAAGAUUGAACAGUAUAAAGAAAGGUGGCAGAGAUCAAGCGAUACCAACUGCUACUGGAUUACUGCAAGAUAUUUCAGUCAUAGUUUUAGAUAGUGAUGACGAAGAAGAACAAUCACCAACAGUCAAGAAUUCACAAAAAUCGAGAAUACUACCUAUUUCUUCACCAAUACAGCCACAAAUACCUAAGAAAUUUGAUUCAGAUCCAAUAUCGAAUUCGUCAUUUUCUUUUCUGAAGCCAGUCGAAAAUGAACCACACGAAAGUUCGCAAAAAUUAAAAGAACUACCUAAAUUGCCAGAAUUUGUAAAUUGGUUAAGCUCUGACGAUGAAGAUGAUACAGCACCAAAAAAAUCAACCGUUCCAGCAAGACCAACAAUCAACAAAAACUUACUAACCGCCAAUCAGCCAUCUGUUCAAACCUCAAAACCCAAAAAAAAUGAUUUACAACCAGUCAGAAGAGCAAAUUCAACAAUAAGUGAAUCAAUUCCACGACCAACAACCACUAUCAAUUUACAACCAGUGAAGAGAGCGAAUACUACUCAAGCUAGUGAGACUACUUCUUCUCAACCUAAAAAAGCUAAAAGAAGUAAAACUGAUUAUUUGAUUGCAGAGUUACCUAAGAUUGAUAAUCAUGAAUUUACAUCAAAAGAUUUACAAGAAGCUAAUAGAGUUACCAGAAAGAAAGAAGAACUUCAUAGUGAAAUGGAACUUUGGUUUAAUGCUGCAUUCAGAGAGUUAUUUAAAGAUCAUAUGGAAGAGUUCAAACUGACAACAAAUGAAUCCAAAUUUGAAUUACCAAUUAUAUAUUGGAAAAGAAAUGUUAAAGCUGAAUAUAUUAAAGAGAAGGAUUAUUUCAUUCCAUGUACACCGAAAAAGGUUGUUCAAAAAACUUUUGUCAUUUAUUAUACUGCUGACGAAUUUAUCGGUAAACUAGUAGAUAAAUCUUUAAAAGAAGAUGUUAACAAAGCUGAAAGAUUGAUGUAUGAAGAAGCAACGAAUAAGUACCAUAUAAUUGUAAUGGUUGAAUGUUAUGAUCAAUUAAUAAACAAAAUUAAAGCGUUCAAGCAAAGACAAUUUAGAUCUCAAGUAUUACUGGGCAUGAAUGCUGAUGAACAAAACAAAAGAAGAAAAGCAGAUGAUCAAUUAUCUCAAUGUCCAGAACCUAGCGAAAUUGAAAAAAUGGUUAAUAGAAUUCAACUAGAUUUAAAGAUAAAUAUCUUUACAACAAGAUCACGUCAAGAAUCUUUAAUGUGGUUGAACUCAUUCACAUAUACCAUUGCAUCUUCAUUAUAUGAUAAAUAUGAAAGAAAUGAAAAACUAGCUAACUUAGGGAUCGUUAAAUCAGGAAGUGAUACAAAAGCUACAUUUAUACAAUCAAUACAACAAUUCACAAGAAUGACGCAACAAAAAGCUGAAAUCUUGUAUUUUUCUCAUAAAUCAAUGCAUCAAGUAUAUACAAAACUAAGAACUGAUGGUAGUAUAGGUAAAGAUCUUGCUGGUAGGAAUAUUGUACCCCCAACUGUUGAUAAUGCAAUGCUUAAUUUUUUUACAUCAGAUGACCCAAAUAAAGCAAUAAAUUAG